AACGGUAACAGUUAAUAACCGACAGCCAGAAGAAGACGAAGACGAUCGCGUUCCUCCGAAUCGCUCCGAUUUUUCCUCCUCUUCUGCUGCGGAGAAAAAUCCCUGUCGAUCGAUCGCUCGCUCGGUCGCCGGCGAUGGCGUCCAAUGGUGCUUCGACGAGGGCCGGCGGUGCCGUGAGCAGCCUGGAGAAGAUCAAGCGCCAGCUGGCCUCCGGUUCCGGGAAGACCUUGCUGCAGGGACCUCUCCUCAAGCGAUCCGAGACUCUAAGGAAGUGGAAUGAGCGAUGGGUGAUCUUAGAUCCAACCACAGGGAGGAUGGAGUACAAGGUCAGGAGAAAUGAGCCAGCUGUCAAGGGAACCAUAGUGUUCGAUGCUAACAGCACUAUAACUUUAUCUCCAGUGAACUUCAACGGAUUGCCGAAGUACGAUGGCUGCUGCUUCUAUAUUGGGACCCCAUCAAGGAGAGAUUACUUUUUCUGUGCUGAAACUCCUGGUGCUGCUAGAGCUUGGGUAUCGACGCUACAAGCUACACAACUGGUCUUAAAGGCUCAUACACAGGCUGUAAAUUCUCUGAGUGGAAAUGGUUCUGCGAAAUUGGGGACAGUGGCUGCUGCAGUGGCUGCAGCUAACUCAACAGCUCUGGAAUCCUCUAAGGAAAUUGAAGCAGCAAUGCAGAUUUCGAUGAGAAAUUCCCUUGGAAUGAUCACGAAUAGAAUUAUGGAUGGUCCAUUGGAUGAUUUCACGAUAAUGAAGGAGACACUACGAGUUAAGGAUGAGGAACUGCAAAAUUUAGCGAGGGACAUUCGUGCACGAGAUUCAACUAUAAAGGAGUUAGCAGAGAAGCUAUCAGAGACUGCUGACGCUGCUGAUGCUGCAGCUUCUGCAGCCCAUAUGAUGGAUGAACAAAGGAGGAUAGCUUGUGCUGCAAUCGAGCGCUUGACCGAAGGUUGUGAGAAGAAGUUGGAGUCAUUAAAGAUGAAGCUGAAAGAGUUUGAAGAUAAAGUUGCAGCUCUAAGUGGAGAAAGAGACGAAAUGAUUAAACAGCGAGACUCUGCUCUUCAAGAGGCGCAGUUAUUGCGUUCUGAGCUUGGCAAAGCUCGAGAGCGUUCUGUCAUAUUAGAAGCAGCUGUUGUCAGGGCAGAAGAGAAGGCCAGAGUUGCUGAGGCAGAUGCUGAUUCUAGAAAAAAGGAGGUUCAAGAAAAAGAGUCAGCUGCUGCAAAGGAGAAGCAAGAGCUUCUGGCAUAUGUGAACAUGUUGCAAGCACAACUACAAAGACAGCACAUUGAUUCAAGGAAAGUCUUUGAAGAGAAGACAGAGUCUGAGGAGAAUGUGGAUAAAGCAUGUCUCAGUGUUUCUGAAGCUAUACCAGUUUCCGAAGAGAGUGUGCCUGUUGAUGAAGUCAGCCUUCGGUCAAGUAGAGCUGGGGAAUGGAGUGACAUUCAGGCAACAGAAGCAAGAAUAGCUGAUGUUAGAGAAAUCGCUCCAGAGACUGGAGGCAGCUUGGACAUUCCUGUUGUUACUCAGCCAGUCGACAACGGUUGUUAGGAAUUGGUGAAUCCAUCUCAGUGGGAGGAUGCACAAGAGCGUCAACCUUCCAAGGUAGUGUUACAUCGGCACUUGGCAGCUACAAGCACAAAAAAUCGACUAUGUGCACUCAGGUUAGAAGGUCGGGCAUGAACUUCAUGAUUCAAUGCCUUUUUCUUUGCGAAGUUGAAUGAGCUGGACUUACACCCUAGACUUCCACGAUGCGGUUAGCAUUCUUUAGAAUAAGCAGGUUCACUCGUUCGAUUGUACAUUCAGUCAGCUUGAUUUCCCGUUAUAUCAAUGUAUAUUGCGGCCUUCGCCAAAACUGCUCGAUAGUAUUACUGUAUAGCAGCUGAUUCUUCUCGAAA